ACACACCAGCUUUCCGGGCCUGACGCGACCCUCGUCUCAGGCCCCUCGGAGUCGUACAGCCGCCCAGCCCCGCACCUGCGACGUGGCAGUCCAUAGUGGAGCCUCCUUGCCUCGGUAGGUCCAGAUGUCCCUGUGUCCGGGCUGCCCCAGCAUUAGGCGACCCCGGGACCCUGUGAUUGGCGCCUGUGCCUGCUGACGGUGACGGAGGAGCCCCCCUAGGGACUUGGGCAUUGCUUGUGCUUGGUGUCUGUCCUUCGUGCUCCUUUCGGGCAAGGAUCUUGCAUUAGUCUUUAUCUCUUCACAUGAUACCUGGCAUUCAGUAAAUGUUUGUUGAAUUUGAAGAGACAUAUGGGCAAUGAAUCUGGAAGGAUACUGGGGAGAGAUACCAAUCUCAUCAAGCCAGACAAACAGAAGUUCCUUUGACUUGCUCCCUCGGGAGUUCCGACUGGUAGAAGUCCAUGACCCACCCCUGCACCAACCCUCAGCCAACAAGCCCAAGCCCCCCACUAUGUUGGAUAUCCCCUCAGAGCCAUGCAGCCUCACCAUCCAUACCAUUCAGCUGAUCCAGCACAACCGACGUCUGCGUAACCUCAUUGCCACAGCUCAGGCCCAGAAUCAGCAACAGACAGAAGGUGUAAAGACUGAAGAGAGUGAGCCUCUUCCGUCCUGCCCUGGGUCACCUCCUCUUCCUGAUGACCUCCUUCCUUUAGAUUGUAAGAAUCCCAGCGCCCCAUUCCACAUCCGGCACAGUGACCCAGAGAGUGACUUUUAUCGUGGGAAAGGGGAGCCUGUGACUGAACUCAGCUGGCACUCCUGCCGGCAGCUCCUCUACCAGGCAGUGGCCACAAUCCUAGCCCACGCAGGCUUUGAGUGUGCUAACGAAAGUGUCCUGGAGACCCUAACUGAUGUGGCACACGAGUAUUGUCUUAAGUUCACCAAGUUGCUGCGCUUUGCUGUGGAUCAGGAGGCCCGGCUGGGGCAGACUCCCUUCCCCGACGUGAUGGAGCAGGUUUUCCAUGAAGUGGGCAUUGGCAGCGUGCUCUCCCUCCAGAAGUUCUGGCAGCACCGCAUCAAGGACUAUCACAGUUACAUGCUGCAGAUUAGUAAGCAGCUCUCUGAAGAGUAUGAAAGGAUUGUCAAUCCUGAGAAGGCCACAGAGGACACUAAACCUGUAAAGAUCAAGGAGGAACCUGUGAGCGACAUCACCUUCCCUGUCAGUGAGGAACUGGAGGCUGACCUUGCUUCUGGAGACCAGUCACUGCCCAUGGGAGUCCUUGGGGCUCAGAGUGAACGCUUCCCAUCUAACCUGGAGGUCGAGGCUUCACCACAGGCUUCAAGUACAGAAGUAAAUGCUUCACUUCUUUGGAACUUGGCCCACGUGAAAAUGGAGCCGCAAGAGAGUGAAGAAGGCAACGUCUCUGGGCAUGGCGUGCUGGGCAGCGAUGUGUUCGAGGAGCCCAUGUCAGGCAUGAGUGAAGCUGGGAUCCCCCAGAGCCCUGAUGACUCAGACAGCAGCUAUGGCUCUCACUCCACUGACAGCCUCAUGGGGUCCUCCCCUGUUUUCAACCAGCGCUGUAAAAAGAGGAUGAGGAAAAUAUAAGGCAGAGAGGGAGAGUUUCUCUCCAGACCUACAAGACCCAACAGAAAACCUUGAUGUAUUCUAAUUUGUUUCCAUAAACAGUGAUUUGACUUUUAUUCUUAAACACAGUGGAUUUUCCCGAUAUCAGUGGAACUGGAUUUAGCCAAAUAAGUCUGCUUUUUCCUUUUGCAUCCAGUUUUUGUAGUUUUCCACAACAACCAAGCUACCUUUCACAGACAUCAUGCCACUGGGAUGGUAAUCCAGAGACCAAAGCACUGUCCUUGACAUCUACUGUGUGACUAGACAAGUGACUUAGCUUCUCUAGAGCUGUUUCUCUUGCACAACUGAGAAGAAUCAUACUGCUUUGACCUACCUUGCAGAGAUAUUGUGAAGAUGGAGAUGUUGUUAAGCCUCAAAGCUGUGCUUGAAUAGACUCACAAGUAAAUAUAUGCU